UGACGUCACACCCCAGCCCCCCGCGCGCCCCUCACUGAGCUGCUGGUUCUGUCUCCGGUCAGACCCCACGCGCCCCCGGACCCCGAUCCCCGCGCUCGCCAUGGCUGGCGCUGAGGUCCUGCUGCUGCUCCUGCUGCUGCACCCCGGGCUGCUGCCGAUGGCCACGGCCGCCGGUGGGGACCCGUUCGCGCAGCAGCUGGGCCCCACCAGCUCGUGCCAGCUGCAGUGCAGCCUCUGGACUCCUCGCGCGGGGGCGGCGGUGCAGGAGGAGCUGCAGAACGCCUGCGCCCGGGGCUGCCGCCUCUUCGCCAUCUGCCGCUUUGUGACGGGCAGCACCGAGGCCAACGUCACCCUGGCCGAGUGCAAAGCAGCCUGUCUGCAGGCCUAUGACCGGGCUCCCGAGCAGCUGGCGUGCACUGAAGGAUGCUUGAGGCAGAUGCCCGGCUCCCCGAGGCCUUCAUUCCCCCCGCUGCCGACACCUUCGCCGUCUCCUCCACCUGAGUACCACAAGGGACAGAGACCAGUACCUCCACCUGACACCAUUUCAGUGAUGGAGGUCUUAUCCAAUCUGUGUAAUAAAUUGAUCAGCUCAGCCCAAAGCUUCAUCUCUUCUACAUGGACCUAUUACCUACAGGCAGAUAAUGGGAAGAUGGUAGUUUUCCAGUCACAGCCUGAGAUGGAAGCGCCCUUGUCCGAAGGAACUCAAAAGCACGCCGAGGGGGCCGAGGAGCUCCAUUCAGGUCUUAAAGAGAAAAAAGUGAAGAUUAAAGACAAGGUGUCCCAGGAGACCUCCGCCGGCCCGCAGCCAGAACACAACUUCCUGGGCUGCAUGUCUAAGCGCUCUGGACUGCCCAAGUGGAUCCUGGCCUCCUGCCUGCUCUUCUCGGUGCUUGUCAUGCUGUGGCUCAGCUGUGCCAGUCUUGUGACUGCACCGGACCAGCAUAUCCGGAACCAGCCCCUGAGCAUCUCUGGGGAGAAGAAUUACCUGGACGAGCUGGAGUGGCCCUUGGCUCCGGCUCCUGCCCCCAUGGUAUCUGUCACUGUGGAGUCUCGGGAAGCUGGCUCCUUGCCCAUAAAGGUGGGAAUGGACCUUACGGCUCUGUAAAUCCCUGGAGCUGGAGUUGUCCCUUUCUGCAAACAGCCCACAGAAGCCUCAGUGAUAAAGGAGAGGGAGAGAUUUGGGGCUCCCAUCCCUCUGGGCCAUGAGGACAGCUCCCCUCCACUCUGCCACCCGGUCCCCCCUGGGUCUGGAAAAGUCCCCCUACUGAACCUGCAGGAAUAAUCCCCCCAUAGGUCCCCUCUUCUCCAGUGCCUGCUGUUCAGGGAUGUGUAGGUGUGAAUGGGGGGGGGGGGUUGGUCUGAGUUGGGAUAGGACUGGAAGAGGGUCUUGGCUUCCUGCUCCCCUCCCCUCCCUUCCCCCUUUAGUCACCCCACAUUACUCCCAGCCCAGUGUAGCUCAGCAUGUGAGUUUUGGCCCAGUCCUCCUCCCUUUCCCAGCCCUCGACACUCACCCAAAGGGCAUCUGGACCCAGUCAAAGCUGAUUUCCCUUCCCAUUCCCUUCUUCCUUCCUUCCAGCCUAGAUUAAUUUAUUAUUAUUUUCUAACUUGUGACCCUCCGCCCUUCUCCCGUUCUCUUGGGCUAGGCUUAGUUGGGGGAGGGGACGAGUUCUUGGGACCCCCCCCCCCACCUCCCAAUCUCUACCAGUCAGUGACACCAGAAGCUAGCUAAGGCUGGCGGUGGGUGGGGGCAGUGGCUGGGGUGAGAGGAAUAAUAGGGAGUGAAUAAAAUCUUUAUAACUGA